GCAGGCGAUGGCACAUAAAACGGCCACGGCCCUCUGCCGCUUCUCCUUGCCCCGCAGUGUGGGGUCCGGAUCCAGCUUGCCUACCCGCGGCCGUGCCCACCUUCCGCUGCUCGGCGCCCUGCUGUGCGCUGCGCCCUGAGCGAGCUCGGGGCCCCCAAGUGCCAUGGCCGGGAAGCUCGGAGGGUGCAAGACCAUCGUGGCCGUGGGGCUGACGGGGCUGCUCUGCACGGUCCUGGGCGGUGUUAUGAUCUUCGUGGUGCCCCAGCUCAUCAGAAACCAGAUCCUCCAGAAUGUCAAGAUUGACCCCACCAGCCUGUCCUUUGAGAUGUGGAAGGAGAUCCCCAUCCCUUUCUACAUGUCAGUGUACUUAUUUCACGUGGUCAACGCCGAUGAGGUGCUGAAGGGGCAGAAGCCUUCCAUUCAGGAGCGUGGGCCGUACGUGUACAGAGAAUACAGGCAGAAACACAACAUCACUUUCUAUGAGAAUGACACGGUGUCCUUCUUAGAAUACCGGACCUUUGUGUUCCAGCCUCACAUGUCCCGGGGCUUAGAAACCGAUUACAUCGUGAUGCCCAACCUGUUGGUCUUGGUGUCCUCCAUGAUGAUGGAACACAAGCCCAUGUCCAUGAAGCUGCUCAUGAGCUUGUCCUUCUCCAUGUUCAGCCAGCGGGCCUUCAUGAACCGCACAGUGGGGGAAAUCAUGUGGGGUUAUCGGGAUCCUAUGAUUGAUAUGCUGAAUAAAUACUUCCCUGGCAUGUUGCCGUUUAAGGAUAAAUUUGGCUUAUUUUCAGAGUUAAACAACUCCAAUUCAGGAUUGUUCACUGUGUUUACGGGGGUCAAAGACUUCAGCAAGAUCCACCUAGUGGACAAGUGGAAUGGUAAGAGCAAGUUAAAUUUCUGGCAUUCAGACCAAUGCAAUAUGAUUAAUGGGACAUCUGGACAGAUGUGGGCCCCUUUCAUGACUCCAGAGUAUAACCUUCAGUUCUACAGCCCGGAGGCUUGCAGGUCUCUGAAUUUUGAAUAUGAAAAGUCAGGAGAGUUCAAAGGCAUUCCUACUUUUCGAUUUGUGGCCCCUAAGACGUUAUUUGCCAACGGGUCUGUCUACCCACCGAAUGAAGGCUUCUGUCCUUGCAUGGAGUCGGGAAUCCAGAAUAUGAGCGCUUGUCAGUUAAAUGCCCCGCUUUUCCUCUCCCACCCACAUUUCUACAACGCCGAUCCGGUGCUGCUUGACUCUGUGAUUGGGCUCCAUCCCAGCAAGGAAGAACACUCCCUGUUCCUUGAGGUGCACCCGGUCACCGGGAUCCCCAUGAACUGUUCUGUCAAACUGCAGCUGAGCUUGUAUAUAAAGUCCAUCCCCGGCAUUGGGCAAACGGGAAAAAUCAGUCCAGUUGUCCUUCCUCUCCUUUGGUUUGAAGAGCGUGGUGCGAUGGAAGGCCAGACCCUCAACACAUUCUAUAACAGACUGGUGUUGAUGCCCAAGUUGGUGCAGUAUGUGCAGUACGUCUUAAACGCCCUGGGCUGCCUGUUCAUAGUCAUUACGCUCAUCCUCAUCAUCAAGAAUCAGAGGACACCCAGUGCUGCUCUCUCUGAAGGGCUACACCCCCAAUCAGACCAGCUUCCCAGCUCCCAGACUCCCCUCCUCCAGGACGACCCCCAGGAUGGAUAGCCUGCUGGCAGCAAGUCCCGAGUGACUUCCUCUGUCUGGCCUGGCAGCUGUAUGGCCAGGAUGUCAUCAUUUUACAUGUACAACCAUGGAUGCACAUGUUUAACAUGUGUGAAUGUGAGUGUGUGUAAGAGAGAGAAAGAGAGAGAGAGAGAGAGAGAGAGAG